AUGUCAGGAGAAUACCAAACUAGAAUCAUUGGCGCUGCCAACACCCUUGAACACCGAGUCUUCCUUGAGAAAGAGGGCAAGGUCGUCUCCCCUUUCCACGAUAUCCCUCUCUUCGCUGAUGAGUCCAAGACCGUCCUCAACAUGGUUGUCGAGGUACCCCGAUGGACCAACGCCAAGAUGGAGAUCUCCAAGGAGGAGGCUUUCAACCCCAUCAAGCAAGAUAUCAAAAAGGGUAAACUCCGAUACGUUCGAAACUGUUUCCCUCACCACGGUUACAUCUGGAACUACGGUGCCUUCCCUCAAACAUGGGAAGACCCCAACGUCAAACACGCCGAAACCGGUGCCAAUGGUGAUAACGACCCUCUUGACGUCUGUGAGAUCGGUGAAGCCGUAGGAUACGUCGGUCAAGUCAAACAAGUUAAAGUCCUCGGUAUCAUGGCUCUUUUGGACGAAGGUGAAACAGAUUGGAAAGUUCUCGUCGUCGAUGUCAAUGACCCAUUGGCUCCUCGAUUGAACGACAUUGAAGAUGUCGAGAGACACCUUCCCGGUUUGAUCAGAGCUACCAACGAAUGGUUCAGAAUCUACAAAAUCCCUGAUGGUAAACCCGAGAACGUCUUCGCCUUCUCCGGUGAAGCCAAGUCCAAGAAAUACGCCGUCGAGAUCAUCCACGAAUGUCACGAGGCUUGGAGAAAAUUGGUUCACGGUGAAACCGCUGCCAGUACCGAUGCUUACAACUUGGCCAUCCACAACACCACUGUCAAAGGCUCCAAGGGACUUAUCUCUACCUCUGAUAGCGUCUACACUUCCCUUCCUGCUGAUUCCAGAAAACCUGCUGCUCCUAUCGAUCCUUCCAUCGACAAGAGUUUCUUCAUCUCUUCUGCUUCUGCCUGA